AUGAGACUGCUGGAGGGAUUAGGUGUCAAUCCUGGCAUGGAGAAGGACAAAUACACAACGCAAGUCGAUCCGAACAUAAAUGAUGACGACUUCCCUGAGCGAUCGCUGCGUCUAGCAAAAAAUUACUGUAGAAAUCCAACUGGAGACCCAAAAGGCCCUUGGUGUUACACCAUGGAACCCAGUCUGAUUGACGACGAGUGUGGGAUACCUCUCUGUAACUUCGGAGAAUGUAGAGUCACCGGGGGUGGAGCGGAGUACGGGGGCAGGCGUGAGAUCAGCUCCUCCGGGAAAAAGUGUAAAUCGUGGGACACGAGACACAAAACAGUCAAGGGGAAGACUGAAAAAUUCUCCAACAGAGACUUUCCGGAUUCAUCGAAGAGGAAGGCGAAGCACUACUGCAGAAAUCCCGAUGACGAUCCUGGGGGUCCCUGGUGCUACGUAGAGGAGGAGAAUUAUGAACUCGUUGAGAGGGAGUACUGCGACAUUCCAUUCUGCGAUGACAGGGAUUGUCUGGUUUACACUAGAAAUGCCACCACGUAUUCAACCAUAACUUCCAUGAACUCAACUGCCGGGAACAUGACCGUCUGGGUGAAGUUGUGGGAGCCGAGGGAUGAACUCCAGGGUGAAGCCCGACUACUGCUAACCCUCCUCCCUAUCCCCACAUCCGCAAAGACUGUUGCCGAGGAUUGGCGAGCAGGAACCGAACUCUUGAUAUCCAAUUCCGGUUCCGGGCAAAGACACCCCGGCUUCACCGUAAACAAUGACCUUGAGCCCACACCCAACAUCCUCUUGAGUUCGAACUGGACUGGACUAUCAAUCACCUGGGGCGGUGGCUUCAUUUCCGUGAGCCUCCAGGGCUCCGUGAAACCCAUAUUCCUCGACGAAUAUGGAAAGAAGAAUACCAUCUCUGGCCUGCACGAGAACAGUUUCUUUUAUUACGGGCUCAUGGGAACGGGUGUCUUGUGGAGCACGGACAACUGUCUCCAAUCGUGCGAGAUUCACACGACUUAUGGGACAGACUUCAUUCGAGUCUGGCCCCUCCAACAAAGUAACACAACAUAUGAUAUUAAUUUUCGUGUGCGCGCCAGUAAGAAAGUCCUGGUGAAGCUCUACGAGAGUCCGGGGAAGGUCUUCCCUUGCUUCACGGUGAAAAUUAUUUCCUCAUUAUCCCCUCUUAAAAAUCCACCUAUCAUCACUUCCCAUUCCACCCACUGUCAGAUAACAUUCGAAAGCAGUCAAUUGGUGACGCUGACCUACCAAGAAACUUCGAAAUCCGUCAAGCAACAGCUGCAAGAAGUCUCGAGCUCAAAUCUCCUAGACAUUUGGACGUGGAAACACUUCACUCUCUCCAGCUUUGGCCCUCACCUGCGGCUCUUCUCCGAAAAGCACUAUGGACCUGAAGAAAUUCUCUACGCCAAAGAGCACGUCUUCAGUACUCUGAGGUGGUUCAGCAUCGGUUCAGACAAUUCCAUCGCCCAUUGGGCGUUGUUCUGCACACCUGGAGAGGCGGAUGCAGUGGAGAAGCCGUCCCCUCCCAAUUGUUUGUCCAACCCUCGAGAUUAUUUGUACCAAGGGUCCCAGUGGAUCAGCGAAGAAGGUCGCCCCUGCAACCCCUGGAGUUCGACAGACGUUCCGGAAGAGGAGAGGAAAAACAAUUUAUUCCCCGAAGAGUCAGUCCUGAGGGCCGCCAAUAAAUGUCGCAACCCGGGACAUGAUCCCAAAGGCCCCUACUGCUACACAAAUUCAUCAUCAGGACUGGAGAAGAGCUACUGCUCCGUCCGCGCUUGUAGAUCCUCAGAAUGCAGAACUGCUGGGACUGCCAACGACUACAUUGGAACACUGUCCAUCACCCGAUCAGGUCGCACCUGCGCACCCUGGGUGAUCGAUGAAGAUGAGGGACAGCUGGUGAAAACUGCGGGCAGACCAAUACCAGAAGAGACUCUCUCAACUGUCGCCUCGACGAAUGGACGACAAUCUUUGGUGGAUAAAUUGAAGACACCGAAGACAGGCGAGAGCAUUCUAUCUUACGAUAAAGCCGGGGCGAAGGUUCUCGAUAAUCGAUUUGUCACGGUCGAUCAUGACUCGAAAAAGUGUAGAGCGAGGAGAGAUGAUUCGCAGGAGAAAGAGAAGGUUUUGGAGAAGAUGGAUAAAUUGGCGGACGAGUUUUAUGGGAGGACGAAACCUGCGACAGAAAAAACGACAGCGCAACAGCACACUGAUGGGGAGGAUGACUAUGGUGAAGAUAAUACCUUGAUAACCCUGGCGAAAUAUGCGCAUGAUCAUUCUCAGGAAAAAUCAUCCUCAUCGACAGAAGGGGCAACUUCGUCGACUGCAAAAUGGAGUCUUCAGGAUAAAGAGGAAGAGGAGAAGAUGGACAAACUAGCGGACGAUUUUUUCACAAAUACAAAGUCAUCAUCGACUGGAAAACCAACAGACCGACAUUCUAUUAAUGAAGAUGAUGAUUACGAUGACGAUAAUGUGUUGAUAACCAUGCCAAAUUACUCGCACGAUCAUCCUGAAGAAAAGUCAUUCCCAUCGACAGAAAGAACUUCUUCGACAUCGACAUCUACUCCUCAUGAUAAGAAAGACAUCUUGGAGAAAAUGGAUAAAUUAGCGGAUCAAUUUUUCGGAAGGACGAAGCCACCAUCAACCGAAAAACCAACAGAACGACAUCCCAUAGAUGAAGAUGAAAACUACGAUGAUGAUAAUGUCCUGAUAACCAUGCCGAAAUACCCGCAUGACCUUCCAAGUGAAAAGCCAUCCACCUCAACAAAAAAAACUUCUCUCUCAACUGAAAAUCCGGUUACCACGGAGACCUCUUCAGACCGGCCUCACCAAGCUGACGAUGAGGACAAUGUCCUGGUAACCCUGGCGACCUCCCCUCAUGACCUCUCCCCAUCAACCGAGAAGACGACCCCCAGUCAGAAGAACCAACACCCAAGAAGACCGAACACCGGAAUAAUCCGUGAACAUUUCAACGAGUCCUUCUUCCCCGAGCAGAGUGCCCGGAACGCCAGCAACUACUGCCGCGAUCCAUCCCGAAAUAUGGCCGGGGCCUGGUGCUACACAACAGACCCAGAAGUCCCCCAGGACUUGUGCGACGUACCCGACUGCGACGAAUCGGACGAGUGUAUCUCGCUGGCAAGGGGCCAAGAGUCAAAACGCAAAUUUUUCCUCUUCCCCGAGCAUCGCUCCGAGGGCCUGCGCUUCCUCGUGAAGGCCUGGGAGCCGGACAACCCAGAUUCCAUAACAUUCACCUUCACUGCUGAUAAGGGACUCAAGUCGAGGUACAUUUUGAAGUUGGGGGCGAUGGAUAACGAGAAGGUGAUGUUGUAUCGACAGGGAGAGGAGGGAGAUAUGGAACUCGUGAAGAAAAAGACUCUUCCUCAUUUACUGUACCUCGGAAAAUGGAGUAGUUUUAUAAUUAAAAUUCCACGAGGAAAAAUCGAAAUAUUCUACGAGGAGUCGCCGAAUGCUCUAUUCGAUUGGGAGGAUCCGGACCCAACUCAGGCAUUUCUCCCAGUUUACUAUUCGUACGCCAGUGAAUUGGGGAACACGAUUGGCGUCUCCUUCGGGUGUGAAUCGAGGUGUCUCGUGGAGAAUACCGAAACCGAACGAUUUACGAGGAUAAUUCCGAUAAAAUCCUCCACCCAGAGAAUCCAACUGAUGAUCAGAGCUGAGGGAGUGGUUUUGGUUCCAUUGCUGCUGUUUCCGGCCACUCCUGGGUAUUACGCGGUGACUCUGGGCGAGUUAGAGGAAUGGAUAUUCUUCAUCAAGAACACGUACCCAAACGUGCAGAUAUACCACAAACAGAAAGCUCCCUCUCGGGUAUUCACCAAGGACACAUGGACAAACAUCACGAUAAUUUACCGGUUAUAUAUACUGAUGAAUUUUCCGAGCAGAUGGUACAACUCGACCAUCGACAUUUACUGGAAUGAAACCCUGACAUUUAAUUACGUCCACGUACAUCCACUCGUGUUCUAUUUCUUCUCAUUGGGAGUUGAUAAAGGUGGAUGGGCGACUUGGACAGCAAAUUGCUUGCCCCCAGACAUCGACGGAGACCCAAUAGACGGUGGCUGGUCCGAAUGGAGCCCGUGGGCGUGCAGUGCGAGUUGCAACGGGGGAAUAGGUACCAGGAAACGCAGCUGCAAUAAUCCCGAGCCAAACGUUAAAGGGGAACCCUGUAUGGGCCCAAGUGUAAUGACAGGCAAAUGUAACACCAUAUUAUGUGGUGAUAUAACGGAGGAUACGGUGAAUCUGAUAAAAAGAAGAAGCCGCAGAAAUCACACAUCCAUAAUCGUCAGAGAGGGCCAGAGCAUCGUAAUUCCAUCGGAUAGCGACGUGAUCGAGAUUAUUACCCGGGAGUCGCCCGAUUCUGAUAUCAAUUGGUCCCAUAAUGGUAUAUUUCUCAAGCCAGAUGAAGAGAGAGUCCAAUUAGUUGAUCACGAUAUAGUGAUAAAACGGAGUGAGGUGAAUGACUCUGGCGUCUACACGAUAACUCUCCAUCGAGUUGAUGAGACACAUAUGAUUCUCAAACUGGUGAGUCUAGCUGUGCUACCUGUCAGGAGCAUCGUGACACUCCGGGAGACUCUACCCAUGACUGCUGUCUGUCACUGCGUUAUUAUUGGCUACUUGUACAAUGAUCUUAAAGUAUCUUGGAGUAUUAAUAACGAUUUGUGGAAGGAUUAUGGAACAACUCAGCCGAUCUCCGUCAAUGUCGAUCUAAUACCCGCCCUGAACAAGAGCCACCGGGGCAUGUGGCGUUGCCUUGUCAGGCAGGACGACUUGGGCUUCAAUUGGACGACUAAUGCGAUAUUUGUUAAUGUCAUUGGGCCGCCUAAUUGGAAGACACACCUGAUGGAGGAUAGAUUGACUAGACCGAUCUUUGGGUGGAUGCCAAACGAGGACUUCGUCGCGGCUAGUGCUAUUAUUAUUUUUCUAGUAAUUACGUUGUGCAUAAUUGCGGGGACCAUUGCAUACCUCAGGUUUCAGAAGAGUUUGGAAGGGGCGAUGUCUCCAAAAGUGAUGGGACAGAAGCCCAUGGAGAGGAUCAGGACUCGUCAGGGAAGGGAGAAGAUUUCAACUCGGAAGAAGGUUUUUGAUCAGUUUCAAAAGCUCUCCGAUACAGAGAGGGGGAGAGGCGAGAGGGAGAAGUUACUCUCGUCAAUUGAAUGAGUGUGAAGAUUCGUUAAUCGUGGAUAAAUGAAUUAUCUCAUCAGAAAAAAAAUCAAUAAAAGUUAUCGGCAGGCAAGUGGAAAGUUGCGCUUAUAUAGCAUCUCCAACCGUAUUCCAGGAGGCAAGUAAAAUUAAGUAAACAUAGCAAUGCGUUACUUCCGACUCUAAUUAAAGGAGAAAGAGUCUCCGGGAUAUCUCCAUGACUUGAAGAAAAAUGUGAAUAAAUGAAAAGCAAAACCCCUGAAACCAGAUACCCAGUAGUUGUCGAUGUCCAAGUAGUUCGAUCCCCUGGUAUCCCCCAGCCAUCGCCUAUCCCCUUUCAAAACGCAUACAAAUGUCCCUCUUCACGAGGGCCUUAAAACCCCAGU